AGAGAGAGAGAGAGAGAGAGAGAGAGAGAGAGAGAGAGAGAGAGAGAGAGAGAGAGAGAGAGAGAGAGAGAGAGAUAUGACUGUAGAGUGAUGGGACCGGGCUGAGGGAACAGCAGCGAGUGAUCACUCUCCAAGCUCGUAAUGACAGCAGGUAGACAGAUGUGAAGGAUGACUUCUUGCUCAGAGAUCUGUGGGUCUGAGUAUGUUGAGCAAGCUCAAGCCAACGGGAACUGCCAGCAGUAUGGAGUCCGUUCUUAUCUGCACCAGUUUUAUGAGGAGUGCACAGCUUCUAUCUGGGAACGUGAUGAAGAUUUUCAGAUUCAGAGAUCACCUAGCAGGUGGAGCUCUUUACUCUGGAAGGUCUGUCUCGCGUUCGGUACCCUAAUCUUGUUCGCAGGCCUCGUUGUUGUUUUGGUGGGUUAUGCCACUCCAACCAGAUACGAGGCAUUUGGCGAGGAUGAUCUCCUUUUUGUUGACAGCCACGCUGUCAGUUUCAAUCGUGCACUGGAUGUGUGUAAGCUGACUGGUGCUGUGUUGUUCUGUGUGGGAGGCACCUCCAUGGCUGUGGGACUCCUGCUGUCUGCCUUUGCCAAAAGCUACUCCAAAGAAGAACUGUACCUGCAGCAGAAGUUUAAGGAGAGAUUGGCAGAUCUGCACGCAGUUGGUACCCCCAUAAUGAGAGCACCGACCCCCGGAGAGGGAAAAGUGCCAGUCACACUUUCCAAAGUCCAGAACAUCCAGCCAGUGACCACUAAGUCAGAGACCUGACAGAAGUCCAUAUGAAGGCGUAAAGUGAAGAAGUGUGUGUGUGAUGAGUGUUUUGGUGCGCAGACUGUGUGCGAGAGCGAACACGUGUAAGCUACGUGUGAAUUUCAUUCUUUUGAAAGGUCAGCUUACAUGUCCUGUAGUAUUGGUCAUUCAUCUGUAUUUGCUGUGUUUGACAUUAACACUUCAUUUAAUUUAACUUCAAGUUAUAAAGCAACAUAUAAAGAACAACAACUAGGUUGAAUUUCUCCCAAAACAACUCAUGUGGCUGUUCUAUUUACAGCUGCGCGGUCACAUACUGCAGUUACAGUAUGGGACCCUUCAAUUUAAGGUAACAGGUGCCGUUUCAAACAUGUACUAACC